AUGAAAAAAAAUGCAUCCAAUAAGCGAGUCAGUGAUGGACCGCAGUCGGCAUCAUCACAACCAAAAGCAGCUCCCUCCUCAUCAUCAGUGAUGGGCAAUGAUCCAUACUCGAUGAUGAAAAAAUCCGGAUCUUUUAACGUAAAGGGUGGUAUGAACGCUUCAUUAUUCGGAUCUAUUUUUCAGAAAGUGAAUACAGCUCUGGACUCGAACAUUGCAAAGGAAAAUACAGCCACUCAGAAAACACAAGCUGAACUUUCAUCGAAACAAGAAUAUUCUUUCCCGCAACAUGCUUUCAAUGAGAGGAUUCCCAUAUCGAAAAAUCAAACAAUUGAGGAAACUGUUGAUGAGUCUUCAAGCGAUGAAGAAGAUGACAGCAUGGAUCGAAUCAAAACAUUGGAUGAGUUUGAAGAUUUUUCUGGAAGUGACAAGGAAGAUUACUCGCCAAAUGUUGUCAUUGUAAAUAACACUAAUUUGAAGUCACAAUUCGGUCAACCAAUAGUUACUAAUCGCCCUAACAACAAUUAUACCAACUCUGUUGCUAGUAAUAAUAACCCUUCCAAGAAUAGUUCCCCUUCGACUGUAUCAAAACCAGAAACAAAUUCUCAGGUCAUCCACAACAAGAAUUUAUCGUCCAAUUCUAAACAGCAACAACAAACGUCAUCCACUUAUCACGCUCCUCUUGCUACCUCUUCAUCAAUACAUGAUCUUGAAGAUGUAGAAUUUAGUGAUUACGAAGAUCAUGUGUCUCAUUCUGCUCAAGACGAAGAUGAUUCAGUAGUAAUUGAAGAAGAAGAAAUUGUUGAACCUGAAAAGUCAUCAAUUAUUGAGGAAGUAUCUAUGCAUGAACAUCAAGAGGAUGAGGAGUUUAGUGAUUUCGAAGCUCCACAUGAAGAUUCUUUUAAUGAAGAAUUUGAAGAUUUUCAAGGUUCUGACAAUGAAAGCUUGGAUGAUUUUAAUCCGGACGAAUAUGAUGACUUUGAAUCAGAGGACACUGUCCCUGCUGCGGCAAAACCAAUUUCAUCCAACGUCUCAUCUUCCAAGAUCAUUAGUAUUCCAACCUUAUCGCAGCAACAAAUCACACAACCUGUUCCACAAAUGGUGACAACCUCCAAAUCAAUCACAAACAACAUCGAAGUGAAACAUGAACCAAAGAAAGAAGAUCUACCUCCCUCAACGACUGCCAUUAUCACGAACGUGAAACAAGUACCAUUGUUAUCGGUAGAGAGCUCACUCAAACAAGAGACUCAAAUGAACAUUGAAACACAAAAAACAACACCUCCUGCUCUUAACAAACAAGCAUCGACUAUUGAUGUUCGACAAGCAACAUUACUAACAGAGGUAAAAUCGCCAAAACUUCAGGAAGUUGUGUCCAACAAGGACACCUCUCCAAAAGAAUCAUCGAAAGAAGUUGCCAAGUCACUCCAUGAAAAAUCGACAGAAACCAUUCAACCAAAACCUACUGUCGUCAAUGACAAGGCAAACUCACAACUCCCUGUUCAACAAACUGAGCCAUUAGUGAUGGAACUACCUUCUUCCAGAAGUGUUUGUAUUGGAACAGACCUUCAUCAAAAAGCUGCAAAAAGUUCUGAAACAACCACGCAAACUGAUUCGUCACUCUUUCGAACUCAGACUCUACCUCCAACUGAUUCUACUCUUCCAUUCCAACAACCACCUCCUCAACCUCACAUGUACAGCCCUUAUUUUGUUCCAUACAGUUAUCAGUAUUAUUAUCCUCCUCCCGUUCAUGUUUUCAGACAGCCACAAUUUGCGGAUGUGUAUGCGAAACGGUUCGACCUUUCGCAUCAUCCAUUCAAUUCUUAUCAAUCAGCUAUGAACUUGACAAAACUCAGUGCAGAACAAGUGUCACAACCACUAAAACAAGACAGCACUGCCCUAUUCCAUUCUCCUAAUGCUAACACGAACAACACAAAUAAGAUUCCUAAAGAAAUACUGAAACCCUAUGUUCCCCAAACAAAAGAAAUUUUCCAAAGAAGCGAGAAAGUGGAUCAACAAUACAAAACUCUACGAAAUAGUUUAUCCUCGUAUGUGGAGAGUAACCAUGUUGGGAAAUCUCAUGUUCGUGAGCAGCACGAAAGAAACUCUUACAAUAUUCGACGAGAAUUGGAUGAAAUUAAGCACAUUUUGAAAUCCACAAAAGAAGAUUUGAGUCAUCUCCUUUACAGUAGUAACACUCGACCUCAUUUCGAGAGUGGUAGUUCCAACAACAUGACUCCUUCCUCUCCAUUCGAUGUCAACAACCAUCCGUCAUGCUCGCACGAACACAGACCUCGAGGAUACACCACAUUGGAAAAAACCAAAGCGUUCAUGCAUCAAUGCAAUCCUUAUGCAACGAUUAAUUCGAAUAAUCCAUUCCACAACUCACACCCUCAACAAGAGAAUCCAUCUGUCGUUCAAUAG